AUGCACAAAACCUCUAUAUUUAGCUUUUCACUUCAAAAAUGGAGUGGGAAGAGAUGUUACAUGUUAGCUGCGAGGGAUCUUUCAAUUGUGUGGGGCAAUACACCCAGGUAUUGGCGAUGGACUUCUCUUCCUGAGCCUAGGUUUUCGGAGGUGGCCGAGCUUAUUGACGUUUGUUGGCUUGAAAUUCGUGGCAAGAUAAAUACUUCCAUGCUGUUCCCUAAUACAAACUAUGCAGCUUACCUUGUGUUCAAGUCACCGGCAGGAGCCUAUGGAUUUGAAUACCAACCUGCAGAGGUCUCGGUUGGAAUUAAUGAGGGCGGUGGUGAGACACAAACAGUUUAUUUGAAUCCUGAUGGAGGGCAGAUGCUAAGAUACGAGAUUAUACCUAGGCUAAGAGGUGAUGGGUGGAUGGAAAUUGAGCUGGGUCAAUAUGUCAACAAGGGAGGACAAGAUGGGGAGCUGGAGAUGAGUUUGAUGGAGGUGAAGGGCGGCCACUGGAAGAGCGGUCUCAUUAUUCAAGGGUUAGAGAUCAGGCCUAAGGAGGGUUAA